CACCCCUCUACUGUACUACUCACACCGCGACGACUAUAGGCACGAGAAGACACAUAUGCUUGUCGCUCUGUCGCGGUCUAUGUCGAAAGUCAGUCGUGAGUGGCCUUGUGCUCGGCUCUGUCUCGCUUCGCCUUGCGCCGUUGCUGCAAUCUUCCUCUUGGCUUUAGUUGGCCUGCAGCUGCAUGUUGCUUCCAGCGCCCUGAAAACAUUCAUAAUCAGGCCAUACCUCUCCCCGACCCGGCCAAUAACCCCCUCCCUCCUGAUAACGCACCUGUGAAUCGACUCGACAGACCGCCGUGUGGCUUCACAAUAUUCAGGUCUGCACUUCACCCUGAACCUCUCCGCACGCUUGUCAUUUGUGCGCCUCUUUCCGGCGACUACCGGCCUGUCGCGCUAUACA